UGGUAAAGAAAUGUGAUAACACAGCAAGAGUCUCUUCUCAUUGGCAUUAUAAGUUGAGUUCGUUAGAAAUGCUUCAAACUUUAAAAAGAACUGAUAAUUUCCAUCCCCACAGUUUCAUACUUAAUCGAAUUGUGUAGUCCUGAUCGAAAAAGUAAACAUAGUAUUAAUGCUCUUCUUCAACUAUGUUGACACAUUGAAUGGGAACCGCUUGAAUAAAUUAAAUGUGGAAGAUGGGGCCGAUUUAUAUGUCCGAAUGUAAAGCCAAAUGACGUCAAAACUCGAAUUAUGAACUAAGUCCUUUUCUCCGAUAGUGAGCACUUCUUUUUUGUACAGAAACAAUGUCAAAAACACCAAGGAAAAAUAGCUCAAGUCAGUCAUUGCAAGACAUGUUGACAAACGCAAGUCAACGAUCCGAAAAAACAAGCAAGUUCAUUCCACCUCGCAUUCAUGAUGGCCGUGGAGCACCUAUUGCACGAACCGAAACCACGGAUAUCGAAAAGACACAAGAUCCUCGGUAUCUACUUGGGGCCGUCAAGAAUUUAAUGCGAACUCGUCAUGGUAGCGUUCUUUCGAGAAACACGAUAUUAAAAAUGGAUCAUUUUGAAAAAGGUGUGAAUACAAAGUUGGAUUUUCAUCUUCAGGGCGCACCAAAUUUUCGCAUGGCUGACCUAAAUGUAUAUGGUGUUGCACAACCAACGGCAAUUGGUUUGUCAACUGUAUUGGCAUUAUUAAACUGCCACCCCGAAAGCCACAUUAAGACAUCUUGUACUUGGUUUUUAACUCGAGAAGAACCCCUAAUUUAUUUAAACGGUUAUCCUUACGUGCUAAGAGAUUAUGCAGACCCUUUACAAAACAUGGUUUCAUUUUUAGGCAUUAAUGCCAACAGGUUAGAGAAACUUGAAGAAAGAUUAAAAGCCGAUAUUGUAAAAGAAGCCAAAUCCAUGGGCGGGCUUUUACUCGUACACCAAGAACUCGCGGACGGCACGGUUGUACCUUGUUUUAUUGCAGCAGACCAAGUGCAAACCCCACGAGAAUUAUUUGAAGGGUUUAAAAAGCAAGAUUAUCGAUUAAAUUAUUUCCGUAUACCUAUUUCACCCGAGCAGGCACCGGAAGACAGUUAUUUUGAUGAGUAUGUACGAGUAUUAAAGACUUUGGAACCAACCGACCCGCUCAUUUUCAACUGCGGUAUGGGAGCCGUUCGAACCACUGUUGGUAUUGUUAUUGCUCAAAUCAUUCGUCGAGCGCAAUUUUUGGAUCGUAAUGCACCUGAUCCAUUUCCCGUACCUGGAUACAAUUAUAGCACAACGCAAAUCAAUUUACCUUUGGAGGUAUACAAGGGUUUUGAGGAAGUAGAUUCGGUGGCCAAUGCCAAUCAUGCAUUAUUACGACUUGUGUAUAUCAUGGAGCAAGGUUUGAAUUCGAAAAUGUCGCCCAAGUCGGCCAUUGAAUGGGCACUUUCACGCGGCAACAUGAUUGAAAGUUUAAAGGAAGCGAUUAUGGGAAACUAUCAACGCAUUGUCGCAUUGACCGCUGUUUUGGAAAGUGGACACUUUAGUAAAAAAAUGUUGGAUCAGGUCAUUGACGCCUCGGAUGCCGUGAUUAAUUUACGUGAAGAUAUUUUGAUGAAUCGAAUCAAACAGACGCAGGAGAGCUCUUCGCGUGUACCCAUCCUGAAAGCUUCAGCAGGGUUACAACGUUACUUUUCGUUGGUGUGUUUUGCUUGUUACAUUAAUGAAUCGGAUGAUGUCAAUUUCAAUACAUCCUUUUCUUCUUGGUUAACCGAACGGACCGAGAUUUGGACCAUGUUGACAAGCCUGCGAAAGAAAUCGCCCAAACUGUAUUUGUUUAGGCCGGUAGAAGAUUUGCAUUUGACGAUCCAGACAAAUAACUACAGUGCUUCGCAUGACCGUAAAGGGUACGGUCCCGGUAUGUUUGAUAUGAUGGGUCCUGUGGGUUCCAUUGCUUCGGAAUUAGAAGAUGUCAUUUUGAAAUCACGUACGGGCGUUGUGCUUACAUCUCAAACUAUCCUGAAGAUUGAUUUUUGGAGUACAUCGCAUCACCAGUUGGAUGCCCAGGAAAACAAUCAACUUCAGAAACUGCCUACGCCAGGUAGCGAUAUCACGCAGGAGGACGAAGUAUCGCAUCGGCUUCAACCGCACCAUGUGUUUUUGGUACAAGGAGCACACAAUUUUAGAAGAAUCAAACAUACCCACGUCUAUGGCGUAGCUCAGCCCACGAUGGAUGGAUUGCGUACGGUGAUCCGAAAAUUAAUCACGGAUAGUAACUCAAAGAUUCAAUGGAUUAAUUUACGUGAGGAACCUAUUAUUUAUAUCAAUGGUAUUCCUUAUGUUCUUCGUGAUCGAUAUUUUACGUUACGUAAUAUCAAGGUUUAUAAGGGCAUUACAGGAGAACGUCUGGAACAGCUGGAAGAAAGAUUGAAACAAGAUGUCAUUCGAGAGGUAACAAAUUACGAUGGACGUAUCUUGUUGCACGGCGAAGAUAAAGAUGGCAAUGUUUUGGCUGCUUGGGAAGAAGUCAAUAUUCACGACGUGUUGACGGUACGUGAGGUCAUGUACUCUGUGGCUGCCGAAGUCACUGAUGAGUUUGAUAGUGAUAGUGAUUCAACUAGUGUCUCUAAAAAUGUGCUUGAUUACCACCGUGUGCCUAUUACUGCGGAAAAAUCACCAGAAUGGUGUGAUUUUGACGAAAUUCGUUGUCUGAUUUCUAGUACGGAUCUUUCCAAGACUGCACUCAUCAUGAAUUGUCAGGUUGGUCUUGGUCGGUCUACUUUGGGCACAAUCAUUGCUACGCUGAUCACGCGAUGGAUCAAGCACGAUGGCAGCAAGCCUAUGGACCCUUACAAGAAACGGGAAUACCUCAAUUAUCAAAUCAUCAAUAGCUUAUUACGUGUAAUUCAAAACGGUUUAGAGAUAAAGAGAGUGGUAGACCAUGUUAUUGAUAAAUGUGGCGCAUUUUUAAACUUGCGUGAUAUGAUCGAAUCCGAACAUGUCAAGGCGGAGAAGGAACAAGAUGCCGCACAAAAGGCAGCGUAUGUGAAACGAGGCGUGUCUGCUUUACAACGUUAUUUUGUUUUACUAUGUUUCCAAGCCUAUCUGGAUAGUACUUCGCCCGACGAGUCAGUGCAAUCGACCCGGACAUUUGAAGAGUGGAUCAAGAAACGACCCGAGAUUGGAACUCUGUUACUGGAAUUUAACGAUCAUGACAUUGAAUUGAUCAUUCCUGUUGAAAAGUCUAUUGGCGAUGGUGUGGCGCUUUCAAGUGAAAUCAUGAGCGUGGUUGCUUCGCGUCAUGGACAGGUGCUUGGUCAACAGACGAUUCUGAAACACGAUGCUUUCCCGGGUUGCCAAAAGAUGAGUUUGAAAGAAAAGAUCGAAGGUGCUUACAAUUUUAGAAGAAUCCCGGUACAGCAAGUGAAGGACUCUGUCAAUGACAAGACGGUGGUGAGUGGAUUGGAAGCAGAUCUUCAGAGGAGUGACGAAGAACAGCGAACAUUACCAGCGCCUUUUAUCUGUGGAUGUGCUAUGCCUUCGAAAGACGCGAUUGAGGCUGUAUUAAAAUCAAUGGAUGCAGGUCCCGGUGGACACCGAAAAGUACUGUGGACAUGUCUUCGAGAAGAGCCCGUGUUGUAUGUGAAUAAGCAGCCUUAUGUGCUCCGAUUAUUCCAAGACCCCCUUAAGAACCUGGAGUCUACGGGUAUCACGACAGACCGAGUGGAGUCUAUGGAGGAGCGCAUGAAGUCGGAUGCGAUCCAUGAAUGGAAGGAGUAUGAAGGAAGACUUUUGCUUCACGAUGAAAAGCCCAAUGAUAAGGGUGAAUUCGAAACGGUGGGAUUAUGGGAGAGUAUUCAAGAUAUAGAAACGCCUAAAGAAGUGUUUCAGUCUAUGAUUGACCAAGGUUAUCAAGUGGAUUAUCUGCGCAUUCCCAUAACAGAUGAACAGGCGCCUAUUUUGGAUGUAUUUGAUCAACUGAUUCAAAGAACAAAAGCAGCAGGAAACGGUGUAGAUGUCUUGUAUAAUUGUCAGAUGGGACGUGGACGAACAACGACAGGUAUGGUGACUGCCUGUCUGAUGACGAUGAUCAUGAACAAUAGUCAUAUUAUGGAUAGAAGAAGCUCAUCCAUCAGUAAUGUGGCACCCAUGGUUAUUAAGCCAAUGAAUUCAGAUGUAGAUUAUUUGAAGGAGAGUUAUGAAAAGGGAGAAUUCAAGAUUAUAUUACAAUUAGUCAGUAUGUUGACGUUUGGUAAGCUUGCGAAACGGUUGACAGAUAAAGCCAUCGACAUGUGUGAUCACAUGCAGAACCUUCGUAAAGCUAUUUAUGAUUAUAAAUUGCGACUGGAUGCAAUGGAAGACCAAGGCUCGAAACAAUAUAGGGCGACGAAAUUAGCAGCACUAAAUUACCUGAUUCGAUACUUUUAUCUAAUUGUGUUUGCCAAUUAUUUAUUAGAAGAAUUGGUCACUGUACCACCCGAAAGAAUUCAUCGAGAAAACUCUAUUGUUCAAGACGGUACAAUGGAUAAAGUGCCUACCUUUAAAUCAUGGGUGAACAGUCGUAGAGAGAUUACAAACAUAUUGAAAUUACAACCUAUAGAAUUAGAGUAGCGUGUUUUUAAAAAAAUAAAAUAAAAAAUAAACACGUCUCGUCCCUUUCACAUUA